AUGUCUACCAUGACAGAAGGCCCACACGCACCCGUCGCCAUCGUCGGCAUGGGCUGUCGAUGGCCAGGAGGAGUCCGUGCUCCUCCCGCGCUGUGGGAGUUCCUCAAAAAUAAGGUCAACGGCUGGCGGGAGUUCGACGACCCGCGCUUCUCGACUCGGGGCUUCCACCACCCGAAUGCAGACCGGCCGGGUACGUUUUCCAUGCGCGGUGCGUUCCUGGCCGAUGAGGACGCCCGCCUGUUCGACCACGCUUUCUUCGGCAUGACGCGCCUCGAGGUCGAGACCAUGGAUCCGUCCCAGCGGAAGCUCCUCGAGGUGACGUAUGAAGCAUUGGAGAAUGGAGGCGAGACGUGGGAGAGUAUUUCGGGGACGCGGACGGGAGUGUUCGUGGGCAACUUCUGUCUCGAUCACUGGAUGAUCCAGUCCCGAGACUGGGAUAACCCGAGACCGUACGCGUUCACUGGUGCCGGCACCAGUAUUCUUGCCAAUCGGAUCAGUUACAUCUUCAAUCUCCAGGGGCCAAGUCUUACGGUCGACACCGCUUGCUCGUCAUCCAUGUAUGCCCUGCAAUUGGCAGUCAAUGCCAUUCGCGCUGGGGAUUGUGACUCGGCGAUUGUGGCGUCCGCAAACUGGAUUGCAGACCCGGGCGUGCAGAUUGCACUGGACAAGCUCGGCGCAUUGUCUGCCUCGUCGAGAUGUCACACCUUUGAUGCCCGCGCGGAAGGCUACGCCCGUGGGGAGGGCUUUGCGGCCAUCUAUCUGAAGAAGCCAUCUCUGGCGAUUGCGGAUCGAUCCCCGAUCCGUGCAAUGAUUCGAGGGGCGGCAAUUAAUUCCAACGGCCGGACCGGCGGAAUCACACGGCCGAGCACCGCGGGCCAGGAGGCCGUCAUCCGGGAAGCAUAUCGAAAUGCGGGCAAUCUGCCUUUCGCCGACACAAAUUACUUCGAAUGCCAUGGCACCGGCACGUAUGUCGGGGAUCCCAUUGAAGUGUCUGCCGUGGGAAAGGUGUUUGCGGGCGAGAGGGAGGCGGACAACCCAUUGCUGAUCGGUUCUGUGAAAAGCAACGUCGGACAUAGCGAGGGAGCCAGUGCCCUGGCAUCCAUCAUGAAGGUUGUGCUCUCUCUCGAGCGCGGGGCGAUUCCCCCUGUGUUUGAUCUCCAGACAUUGAACCCGAAUAUCGACUUCGAGGGGGCGCGGAUGAAGCCUGUAACCGAGGUGACCCCGUGGCCUGAGGGGCUGCGAAGAGCAAGCAUCAAUUCCUUCGGAUACGGCGGUGCCAAUGGGCAUGUCAUCAUUGAUCACGUCAACAAUGUGCUUCCGGACUAUGUGGCGCCAGGUGUCUUCAAGCAUUCAGCAAACCGCACGAGCAAUAGCCACAGCAAUGGGUAUUCAAAUGGGAAUGCCAACGCACAACCAAUGCACCAUAGUCCCAUCCUUGUGAGUCCAAAGUUGACCUCAACAGCCACCGCGGCGACGCGCCAACUAGUUGUCCUACCGUUCUCAGGCCACAAUCAGGCAUCAUUGGAUGCGAAUAUUGAUGCAUUAUCCAAGGUAAUCGACCAAUACCAGCUAGCAGACGUUGCCUACACCCUGGGAGCCCGACGUUCCAGACUAGCUCAACGAUCCUUCCGCGUUGUCGACAAGAACAACGUCGCUGAAGGCCUCAUGGUGGCGAGAAAGCCUGUGCGGGCGCCAUUACAGACGAGCAAAGUCGGGUUCAUUUUCACUGGUCAAGGAGCUCAGUGGCAGGCCAUGGGCGCGGGUUUGUUCGAGUACGGUGUGUUCCGGGAAUCGAUCCAGUAUCUUGACCAUGUCCUGGGUUCACUUCCUGACGCCCCUUCAUGGUCGCUGCAUGACAUCCUCGCUGGCCGCUGCGACGAGAAUUUGGUCCAGGCAGCCGAGGUCUCUCAGGCAGUAUGCACAGCCCUGCAGAUCGGCCUUGUCGACCUUCUGGCCUCAUGGUCCAUCAGGCCUUCGGGCGUUGCCGGUCAUUCGUCUGGUGAGAUUGCAGCAGCCUAUGCAUCAGGUCGAAUCACCGCCGCCGAGUCGAUCAUCGCGGCAUAUUUCCGGGGUCAAGCGGUGUCUAAAAAUACGCGACAAGGUGCCAUGUUGGCCGUCGGUCUCGGACCUGAACAGGUCGGACCAUAUGUAGCCGGUAAAGAAGAAGAGGUCAAGUUGGCGGCAAUCAACUCCCCAGGCAGCGUCACUCUAUCUGGAGAGGUUGGGGCAAUUGAUGCGAUUUCCGCCGCCCUGACGGCGGACAGUGUCUUCAAUCGCAAGCUGAAAACCGGGGGCAAUGCGUACCAUUCCCAUCACAUGCUCCCCCUUGGCCGUGAAUAUAUACAAAUGUUAGCCACUGGUAUGGAGCAUGUCCGAAAAUUUGGACUCCUGGAUGAGCAGAAACGCUAUCCGCACGUCCCCUGGGCGUCGUCCGUCACGCCCAGCAAGCUCACUACCGACCUCAAGGACGCGGCUUCAUACUGGAGAUCCAACCUGGAGUCUCCAGUCCUUUUCUCGCACGCAGUGACUAGGCUCAUGAAUAUGGAAGAUGUUCCGAUCCAUGUUUUCGUGGAAAUCGGGCCGCAUCCUGCGCUAAAGAGCCCGAUAGAACAGACACUGAAGACCCAGGGCAAGGCAGCUGCUUAUGCUUCGACUCUGAAUCGCCAGGAAGAUAAUCGGAUGUCAAUGCUCCAGCUCGCCGGGACUCUGUUUGGCUUGAACGCGAGCGUUGAUCUUGCGGCGGUCAAUGCGGUAGAUGGCAACCACGGUCGUCUAGAACACGGCCGCACGUGCAUUGAUCUUCCUCCGUACCAGUACACAUAUACAGGACUAAAUUACCACGAAAGCCGAGCAAGCAAGGAGUAUCGUUUGCGGUCGAUCCCCCGCCAUGACCUAUUGGGGUCCAAGGUUGUUGGCAAUGCAAAGCUCCGGCCGCAGUGGCGCAAUAUUCUCCGUCUGAAGGAUGUGCCAUGGUUAAGUGACCAUCGCCUAGUGCCAGAUGCUGUCCUACCGGGCGCUGCAUACAUGGCCAUGGCAGUGGAAGCCGCAUCCCGCAUCCACGAGGAGUUCCCCGAGCCGCCCAGGAUCAAGGGUUAUUCUCUCCUAGAUGUAGCCAUCAAGCGAAGCCUGACAAUUCCAGAGGAUGACUACGGGGUCGAAAUCCUCACCAGCAUGGAGCUUGUCGACGUCGCGACCGCCAAGUCUCCGGCAUGGGCAUCAUUCUCCAUUAGUUCGGUGGACCGAGAGACGGACCAAUGGGCCGAGCACUGCACUGGGCUGGUCAAGGUCGAGGUUGCAGAAGUCGAUCUGAUGCCCGGCGUUCAAGAUAUCGGAGACCCUCCCCGGCGAGCCGAUGCACAGGCUUGGUACAAGCGGUUUGCCGCCAUCGGCCUCGGGUAUGGCCCGGCCUUCCAGCCUCUGUCGUCCAUCCGCAGCGAUCCAGACCGACACUUGGCUGUCGCCAACCUUUCUCUGCAUACAACCUCUGGGCUCAUCAAGGGCGGCGAGUCAAAGUAUCCUCUGCACCCAGCAUCAUUAGAUGGCGCCAUUCAGCUGGGGCUGAUCGCGGCUCAUGGAGGCCGGCCGGGCGACGCCGACACGGCGUAUGUGCCAGUCCAGCUGUCUCAGCUGUAUAUUUCGAGUGACAUCCUCGGAGAGACCUGCGCAGUCGUUGCCCGGGGAGAAAGACGGGGGAUCCGCGCUGCGUACCUUGACUUACAAAUUCUGGCUCCGAAUGGCGACGUAAUGCUCCGCGCUAAUAACCUCCGUUGCAUCAGCUACUCCUCUGAGGCCAAGAUCCUGAACCGGAACUUCAGCAGCCCAUACACGCGUCUGGUGUGGAAGCCUGCAAUUCACGCUAUGAGCAAUCACCAGGCUCGUGCACUUUAUCCCCCACCAAAAGAGAAUGUGGACAAGUCAGCCAAAUGGGGCAUCACGAACAAGCUCGCUUACUUCGUGGUGUAUAGCAUAUAUGAGCGUUUUGGUAGGCAGCAAGACGGGCCGAGACCCUCUGGUGAUGUGGGCCACUUUUUCUCGUGGAUCCAGAGGAAGGGACAGUAUGAUCACUCCCCCUUGAUGGAGGAGGCCCGGCAGCUUGCCAGCCAGGGACGGCUCCUGGAGGAGAUGGGAAAGCUGGUCAGCCAGGCCCCCGAUGUGUUGGAAGUGAAGAUUGCCAAGCUUCUCCAUCAUAACAUGGGCGACGUUCUGUACGAACGCAGAACCGGCGUCGAUAUCAUCAUCGCCGAGGAAUUGCUCACGCCGCUCUACCAAUCGGGUCUGCUCAUGACUGGCAUUUACCCGCAGCUCUAUCAUGUUCUGGACGGAAUUGCUCAUUCUGACCCCAACCUCCGCGUGCUAGAGAUCGGCGGCGGUACCGGCGGUGCGACACGCAUCGCCAUGCAGGCGUUUAACGGUCCCAACGGGAUCAAAGCCUACCGGGACUAUACAUUUACCGAUGUUUCCGCGGGCUUCCUGUCGUCAGCUCGUGAGUUGUUGUCUGAGUUCCGUGACAUGAACUUUUCCGUGUUUGACGCGGAGGUUGAUCCUGUCGAACAGGGGUAUGAACUUGAAGUGUACGACCUGGUCAUCGCUUGCCAGGUUCUUCACGCCACCUUCAACAUGCACAAAACCCUGACCAAUUGCCGCAAGCUACUCAGACCUGAAGGUAGACUUGUUCUCGUGGAAACGAACCAGAACUUUAUCGUCCCCGGUGUCGUCGUUGGCACCUUUACUGGGUACUGGGCUGGUAUCCCGGAUGGCCGGGUGGAUGCUCCGUUCCAGAGUCUGGAUGCUUGGGACUCGUCCCUGCGCAAGGCUGGUUUCUCGGGGCUUGAUAUCGUGCUGGACGAUUUCCCUGCGCCACAUAACACUACCUCUGUCAUUGUUUCCACUUACACCCCGGAGUUCAAACGACCUAAACAGGACCACAUUCAUGUGCUCUAUAGCACCGAGACCAGCCCGGCGCUUGUUGAACACAUCUGCGAGGAAUUCGAACAACAGGAGGUAGUAGCUAAAUUCGGUCCACUUGACUCGGCUCUGGACAGCGUUGGAAGCGAAUCCCGCGUGGUUGUGCUUCUUGAUGAGAAGCACCUUCUGGUCGAUGCGAGUGAUGGUGACCUGGCCAUCUUCCAGCACCUUUCCCGGAAUGCGGCCAGCCUGGUAAUUCUUACGAGCUGCGGGGUGACCAAAGGACGCUAUCCCGAUGGUGCUAUCAUCCCCGGCCUCCUCCGGGUCCUUCAAACAGAGAAUCCCGUCGGCCAAUACAUAUCAAUCGACAUGGACGCCGACAAUUUUACGGUGGGAGAUGGCGAAGCGAGCGAACUUGCUCGCUGCGUUGUUGACCAGCUAUUCGCAUCUCAGAACAGCAUUCCAGUAGACGACGAGGGCCUCCAUGCAAAAGACCGUGAGUUCGUCUGGCAAGACGGCUGUCUGUGGGUCAGUCGCCAUGUACCUGAUGCAGGCUUCCACUCGCAACACGGCAUCGAUAGUCGAAACAUGAAGCCUCAGAUGCUGCCGCUGAAGAGCUACAGUGCCGUCCGGGCUACAUUCGAGACCCCGGGGGUGUUCAAUUCCCUGUGUUUCAAAGCCUACGAGGAGCUCUUGCAGCCCUUACCUGCUGACUUUAUCGACGUUGAAGUGGCAGCGGUGGGCUUGAACGCUACCGACCUGGACCACUGGGCGGGCCGCGUCGAUUCCAACAGUCUCUCCUCUGAAUAUGCAGGUGUCGUCACGGCGGUUGGCGCCAAUGUCGCCCAUCUGAAGGUUGGAGACCGCGUGUAUGGUCUCGGAAAGGGCCAUUUUGGCAACUACACACGCGUGCCAGCUUGUCUGUCUAGCAAGCUGGACGCCGCGGACGAUAUGGUCCAGAUGGCCUCCAUGCCCGUGGCCUACAUGACCGCCAUUUUCGCCCUGGACCACGUCGCACAUGUCAGGAAGGGGCAAAGCGUCCUCAUCCAAUCCCCCACUACCGACGUUGCCCUCGCAUCAAUGCGUCUGGCAAAAGCAAAAGGGGCAGUAGUUGUGGCCAUGGUCGAGACGUCUGAGGAAGCCCGCUUUCUCGAGACCGAAAUCGCCAUGCCAGCCUCUAAUGUGUGCGCCGGAUUCACAACGGCCUGUCUCCAGAAAGCUGCCGAAGUGGCUCCCCAGCGCGGGUUCGAUAUAAUCUUGAGCACCGUGCACGGCGAGUUUCUGCGGUCGUCUCUCCAGAUCCUACGGCCCCUGGGCCACCUCAUCGACAUUGGUCGGGGUGACGCGCAAAACACGCAGGCCGUCGGAAUGGACCUGCCUCGCAAGAACGCGACUUAUUCCUCCGUCGACGCGUCCGCCAUCCUGGACUCUGAUCUACUGCUGGCUGGGGAGCUCAUGCGGUCCGUCGAUGAAUACUACCGCCAGGGACUCAUCGGGCCGACGGAAAGGAUCACUACAACAAACGUUGCGCAGGUGUCCCAGGUCCUCGAUAGCUUCUCCAGCGUGAUCGGCAAGGUCGUGGUGACCUUUACGACUCCAGACACUCUCGUCAGGAUGGUUCCCGCCGCCCCAACCGCCUCUUUCGACCCCGAGGCGUGCUAUAUCAUCACCGGGGCCUUGGGCGGGCUGGGCCAGUCGCUGGUGCGAUGGAUGGGAGACCGCGGCGCAAGACACCUGGCCCUUCUUUCGAGACGCGACAUCCACACCGUGCCAGAAGCCCAGAAACUGGCCCACUCGCUCGCCAGUCGCAACAUCCACGUCGAAUCGUUCGUGUGCGACGUGACCGACAUGAACGCAGUAACGCACACCAUCCAGAAGAUCGCUUCUGUCCGUCCCGUCCGGGGCAUCGUGCACGCAGCCGUGUCGUACCUAGACCUGACCUUCGACAAGCUCACCUCGUCGCGAUGGAACGCCGGCCUCUCCGCCAAAGUCCAGGGCACCAAGAACCUGCACGCGGCCACGCUCUCCAUGCCGCUGGACUUCUUCGUCAUGACGACCUCGGCCCUGUCGAUGUACGCAUUCGCCACGCAGGGCGCGUACACCGCCGCCAACAAUUUCCAAGAUGCGUUCGCCCGCUACCGUCGCCGACUCGGCCUGCCCGCGUCGACCGCCUCGUUCAGCCUCAUCCACGAGGUCACCGGCGUCGGCACCGACUCCGUAACGGUGGACCUAUUCGAGCGCAAUAAGACCCUGACGCUCGGCGAGUGCCAGUUCCUCGCCCUGCUUGGGCCCGCCUUCCUGGACAACAAGACAGACGUCCGCGCAGGCGCAGGCGCAGGCGCCGAGCAAUGGACCGGUCAGCGCGCUGACCCGCUCUCCGCUGCGAACCUGCACACGUACCUGGACCCGGCCGCCAUGAUGGCCAGGAAGCAGGCGGACGGCGACGCGGCCUCGUCCACCAUCCCGCAGUGGUACAGCGAUGCGCGGGUCUCGCUCAUGAUGCGCGCGUUUGCCGACGCCCAGCGCGACGCGGCUUCUCUGUCCGGCGCUGCGGAUGAAGGAUCCAAGAAGACGGUCGCGGCUGUACGCCGCGAAUUUGACGCGGCUGUCCGGACUGGCGCGGCCACGAGAGCAGACACGGUGGCGUUCGUGCAGGGCGCGAUUGCGACGGCCGUGGCGGAGAUGCUUUUUGUCGAUGUACAGGCGAUCGACCCAGCCAAGUCGGUGGCGGAUCUCGGCGUCGACAGUUUGAUCGCGGCCGAGUUGCGCAACUGGUUCCUCCAGGCGCUGGCGACGACGAUCAGCAUGUUGGACCUUCUGGACCCAGGUGUGAGCAUCAGGUCUCGGGCGGAGAGUAUCACCGAGAAGGCGCUGGCUGCGGUGGCUUAA